UAUCGCGACCCUCCCCGUUUGUCGUCAAUUUACGUUGCGUAAAUCUGCAGCUUCCUAGACAUGGGCGACGGCAAGGACAAUGAGCGCCAGCCGCUCCUUAAAAAUGACAAUGUCAAUUACAGCAGCAGCGAGUUGGCAGUUAAUGGGUUUGCAGGAGAGGAUUCGCAAUCUCAAGUCAAUACAGUUGCUCCAAUUGGUCCUGAUGAAUUGCCGCCGUCAUAUCAAGCUAGUCAGGGUAACACUCAUAUGGUUACUUGUCGAGUAUGUCAAGCAAUGAUUGAUAUUUCUGGAAAAAGGGAUCAGCAUGUUGUAAAAUGUAAUCAAUGUAAUGAAGCUACUCCAAUAAAAAAUGCUCCACCAGGAAAGAAAUAUGUGCGGUGCCCAUGCAACUGUUUGCUCAUAUGCAAAAGUUCAUCUCAAAGGAUUGCAUGCCCAAGGCCUAAUUGUAAGCGAAUUAUCAAUUUGGCGCCAAGUCCAGUAACUCCUCCAGUUUUGUCAAUGCCUGGAAUGUGUCGAGUUUGCUGUGCUCAUUGCCAUGACACAUUUUUGUUUAAUACGUUAAACAAUGCUUUAGCACGUUGUCCACAUUGUCGAAAAGUUUCAUCUGUUGGACCAGAUUUCGCCCGGGGACGCGGAAUUAUAUUCAUUAUUCUUGGAGUUAUUUCUUUAGUCAUAGGAAUUGCUGUAACUGCGAGUACAUUUCAAAUUGUAAAGACCAAUGGAGGAAUAUAUGUUGCUUAUGUUGGUGCAUUCCUUUUAGCUAUUCUUUUAUUUGGAAGAAGUCUCUAUUAUUGUACAAUGAAGAUAAGUCUUAUAGAAGGACCCAUGUAGUUCUAUUAGAGAUAUCAAAGGCUGUUGCGACGCAAAAUAUCUUUUUAAUAUUAUUAUUACAUAAUCGAUUUAGAUAAGUUUACAGCGGUCAUUAUUAUGAAGUUACAAAAAAUACUAUUGCAUGUGAAGUAUAGUGGAAAAAAUCAAUAAUUUGAAUGAAUUUAUCAUUCACAAUAAAAUGUUAUCUUUAGUAUAAAAACUUACAUAAUGCUUUUAAAAAUAACAUGAUAAUGAUUUUGAUCAAAUUACUUUUCAAUAAGAUUUUUUAUGAUAAAAUGAUUGCGUGUCACGUAUGCUGAAUUCUCAUCGAACAGACGUGAAAAUCAGAGUAGGCAAUAAGUUUCUCAUCAGUGUAAUAAUAGAUAACACUCGACGUGUAAAUCGAGACUGCAAUGAACAAGAAAUAUCUUGAAAUAGCAAUGAAUAUGGGAUCUAUUUAUUGAUCAAGCCAUACACUUUUUGUUUAUCAUUAUUUAUAUUUAGAAUAAGAAGAACUUGGUAUAAUAAAAACAGUAAAAAAUUUGACUCAAAUUAUAUUUGUAAAAUAUCAAAUUUGAAAUUUUCAAUUCACGAUGUGAGAAAUUUUUAUCACGUUCAUUGCUUAAUGAACAUGAAUCUACAAUUAAAUUACAUUUUCGUUAGAAUUAAAAAUGAAUAAAUCCUAUAUUAAGGCUAAAACAAUUGUUAAUAUAACAAAAACUUGUUAAUAAGCGGUUUGAAAAGUUUGCUAGUGAAAGAUGGAUUAAAGUUCUUCCACAUCAUUUCUAAUUUGUAAUUUAAUUAUGGAAAUAAUAAUUAUGUUGAAGAAUUGAUUUGGACUUAAUAAAAGUAUCUCAAACACUUAAAAAAACGAAAACCAUUAAAAGAAGCAUUAUUUCCAAAAUGAUAAUCAUCACAUAAAAGCUUAUAACCAUAUUUUGUAAAGCUUUUCGAUUGUAAUUUGUAGGUAUAUUGUAAUAAUGUUUAUUUUUAUUUUUAUUGAUAAAUAUGUUCAUUAAUUUCAAGAUAAAAAUUUGAUAACUAAUUAAUUUCUGAAUAAGAGUUUCAAGUUCAAUAAAGUUAAUUACUUCAGUUUGGAUGAAUACCAUUCUUUUUAGUACUCAAAAUUGUAAAAAUAAAUUCAAUGUAUGUACAGAAUUGUAAAUUACAAAAAUAAAAUGUAUUUUUUUUUAUAUUUUGAUUAUUUUGUUAGUUGUUUUUUUUUCUUUUUUUUUUUUAACAAUCUUCUAGUUAUAAUUAUGUGGAAAAAAGUCUGAGUCAUGAGGAAGUGUGAAAUUUUUUAGUGUAUUUUAUUUAUUUUUCACAAAAUAAAUUUUGCACUCAUUAAUUGCAAAUAAUAAUACCUACUUAUUUAAAUUCACCCACGUACAAUUUUUUUGUAAUUACAUUACAAAAAAAUUCUGAGUUACGCGUAAUAUUAAGACUUUUUUAAAAUUGAAAUUCUUAAGAAACAAUCAACAUUUACUGUAAAAAUUCCAUUUAUUAUAAUAUGGAAACAAUCGAUUUUAAUUUAUCCCAAUUUCUUUUGGCACAUUAUAAGUAUAAUAUGACAGCAUGUAAUACAAUUUUAUACAACAAUGUAAUAACUAAUGUAAGAAGUAACAAUAAAAAAUAUGUUAAUUUGUUUAUGGAAGGCAGACAUUUUGCACUUCAUUUUGUAUAUAAUCAAAAUAAUAUGUGAUGACUAAAGAGAAGACUAAAAAUCUUUUCAGUGUCUGAUGACGGAUGUAAUAAUAAUUUUAUGAAUCCAAAUGACCGAAAAAAUUAAUCAUAUUGCGUAUUCCAUUCUUCUUAAACAUAUAGCCUGCUUGUUUUAAUAGUUAAUUUAGUUAUACAGUCAUUUUACAUCAAGGAAAUUGCAGGAUUAUUGUUUAAUUACUACAAAGGGCUACAAAGGGCUUAAUAUAUUUUUUUUGCCAAAUUCAUUGUGAUUAAUAAUAACAAUAUUAUGUAUGUAAGGUGACUGGAAAUUGAUCUACACAUUUUAAUUAUAUUGUUACAUGCGUCAAUUCAGUAUACCAUGCAACAUUGUUUUUGUAAAAUCUGUAAUCAUUUCAAUAAUAUCUGUAAUAAAAAAAAUGUUCAAUUUUAAAUAACUUUUUUGCUUUUGACCAAAAGUAUUGGAAUGUACAAAAAUAUGUGCUAUCAAUAACUAAUAUUUUGUGGUGUAUAUUGUAAGAAUUGUUUCUCAUAGGCUAAAUAAAAAGUUUUUAUUAUUAUUAGUGAAGUCCUGACAAAAUUUGAAAUAGUCUUAUUUGAAUUUUAUUCUAGUAUGUUUCAUUUCAUAGAACAAUCUGGCACAAACUAAAAAAUACGUUCUCUGUAGUUAUACAAUAAUAGCUCACCACAAGUAAACAAUAAAAGUCGCCAGUAGAUCAAAAACAAUAAUUUUUGUAAGACAUAACUUGAAAAUUCUCUUCUUACAACGUUUAAGUAAGAACGUCUCGAUUGAUCAGCAUUGCUACAAGCUCCAAAUUCUAAAAUAUCACAUUUGAGCUAAUUAAUUCGCUUUUUAUCUAUAAUAUAAAAAAAUAGGAAGUAACAUUUUCCAUUAUGUAUGUCGCAAUAAUCUUUAGCGAUAUCUGUUUACGUUAAGGGGUAACAUCUAUGUAGAAAUUUCAAAAAUUCAAUUUUUUUUUUUAAGCUAAUAUAGUAGAGAAACAUGUUAAAAAGAACGUCCCAAAGUGAUUUUACGAAAAAAAAAUUUUUCUCUGAGUUGUGAGCAUUAUACGCUAGGUAUCCCGCUGCGCGGUCGCGGUCCCGCGGUGCGCCCUUCGCUCCGAAAUGCUUACCUACCUGAGAUAUCCCUUUACGACUGUUUCUACUCGAAAAGAAGAGAAGAACAGCAAGGACAUACCAACUUGGAAGGUCAACUUUAUGGUGCUGGCAUCGCUGAAUGAAGGUGAAAACCGUUUAUAGUGAAUAUUUUUAAAACUAUGUUCGAUUUUUCCCGUUUUCUAACUUUGAAAGCGUUUUUCUCGAAACGACUUUUUUUCACUUUACCACCAUAAUUAUUCAGUCAAUUUUGAUCCGAUCGAUUUCAAAUUUCAGUACAAGUUUUAAAACAGCAUUUUCUAGAGAAAAGCGUAGGAUUUUGAUGAAAAGUUGAAAACUUUUUAUUUUACGGCUGAUUUUUCAUGCUUUUUUUAACGAAAAAAAAAAUUUUUUUUUCGAACUUUUGCAAAAAUUUUAAAAUUUGAUAUUUUUGAAAACCCCUACGUAGUUCUCUUGUUUUUAGUCCAUACAAUAAAUAAAAAUUUAAUUUAUGUGCUUCAGAUCAAUAGCGACGAUAAAAAAUUGGUGGUAGUGGAGGCCUCUCUAAAAAUUGCUGCUCUACUUAUAGCUCUAUACAGGCGCCAUUUUGUUUUUAAAUCCAUUGUAAAAAUUAAUUUGUGUAGUUCAAACCAUGUAUAAUAAA